AUGGCGACGGCGGCGGCGGCGGCGCAGUCUCAUCCGGCAUCAAUGGAUGCGCGAGGGUGGGACGACGCAUCCUACCGCCGCGGCAUCCUCCGUGCCCUCGACCUCUCGUCCCGCACCCUCUUCCGUGCCGUGUUCUUUGACAACAGCAACGACCCGGACCGCGACGUCCUACUCGCCGCCGCCUCCAGCGACGGCUCCCUCGCCUCAUUCUCCCUUUCAUCCUGCAUCUCAGCCGGCUCCGCUGCCUCCCAGGUGGAGACCGCUGCCGCUCUGGUCGACCCCGUCUGCAUCGUGCAGGCGCACAGCGGCCCCGCCUACGACGUCAGGUUCUACCCCGAUCCGCAGCAGCCGCUGCUCUUCAGCUGCGGGGAUGACGGCCGCAUCAGGGGCUGGAGGUGGCAUGAGAUGCAGAGCUGCCUUGUCCCGCUCUCCCUGCAAGGGGAUCAUCUCGAACCAGCACUUGACUUGGUCAACCCUCAGCACGAGGGUCCUUGGGGUGCUCGGUCUCCAAUACCUGAAAAUAAUGCCAUUGCAAUUAAUAAACAGGAUGGAUCCAUUUUGGCAGCAGCGGGGGAUGCAUGUGCUUACUGCUGGGAUGUGGAGACUGGUAAAUGUAAAAUCAAAUUCAAGGGGCAUGCUGAUUAUUUGCACAGCGUUGCAGUUCGUGAGUCAAACCACCAGGUUGUAACAGGAUCAGAGGAUGGGACAGCUCGUAUCUGGGAUUGCAGAAGUGGGAAGUGCACGCAGGUUAUACAUCCAGUAAAGAGCAAGGCAUUUGAUAGUUCUUGGGUCAGCUGUGUUGCCAUUGAUGCAAGUGAAAGUUGGCUGGCAUGUGGCACGUCUAGUGGUAUAUCAGUUUGGAGCCUUCUCUCAAAUGAGUGCAUCUUUAAUUUGGACUGUCAUGCUCCUGUUCAAGAUUUGUUGUUUGACAAGAAUCAAAUUUUAGCAGUUGGUGCUGAACCUGUGCUCUCCCGUCUCACAAUAAACGGGACAGUCCUUUCACAAAUAAAAUGUGCUCCUCAGUCGGCGUUUUCUGUCUCCAUGCAUUCAUCUGGGAUAGCAGCUGUUGCUGGAUACGGAGGUCUGGUGGAUGUGAUCUCAGAAGUUGGGAGCCAUCUGUGCACAUUCCGUAGCCGAGGCCUAGACAAGUAA